AAGAGGUGGUGGUUGUACGGACCGUAGUUGUGCUAUUUGAAAUUCGUAAUAACUCUUAAUAAAUAUUUAGUUGUUAAAACGGUUUAUAUUAUGGUAAAACGUAACACAAACAAUUAGAUUGCAAUCCGUACGUGCAUGGUGUUAUUCCAGAAAAUGGACAAAAGGCAUACUCUGAAUUGCAGGGAAAGCAAACUUCCCAUUUUCAAGUGGAGUAGGGUGAUGAAUACAGCUGGACCGCACCCCAGACCAAGACAUGGUCACCGUGCUGUAGCCAUUAAAGAUCUUAUGGUUGUGUUUGGUGGGGGCAAUGAAGGUCUGCAUGAAGGUCUUUACGUUUUUAAUACAGCAUCUGGUCAGUGGUAUGAACCUCCAGCAAAUGGUGACGCAUCACCUGGUCGAGCUGCUUUUGGUUUUGUUGUGGAUGGAACACGAAUUAUUGCUUUUGGUGGCAUGACGGAAUAUGGCCAGUACUCAAAUGAUCUGUAUGAACUUCAGGCCACCCGGUGGGAAUGGAGGUAUCUGGAGCCUCGACCGAACCACCCCCUCCCCUGCCCACGUUUGGGCCACAGCUUCAACUUGCUGGGUAACCGAAUAUUGAUGUUUGGUGGCCUGGCUCAGAAUAUCAAUGAGACACAGCCAAGGUACCUUAAUGACCUGUUUAUUCUGGAUUUGCGUGACAAUGGCACAGUAGCUUGGGAGAUGCCACGCAUUAAUGGACCAAGUCCUCCGCCUCGAGAAUCUCACUCAGCUGUUACAUACCAAGACAUGUUUGGCCGUCCCAAGCUCAUUAUCUACGGUGGAAUGAAUGGAAAUCGUUUGGGUGAUCUAUGGACCUUACACAUAGACACAAUGCAGUGGACUAAGGAGAGGGUGUGUGGCAAGGCUCCUCUGCCUCGUUCGCUCCACUCAGCCACUGUCAUGGGUAACCGCAUGUUUGUGUUCGGAGGCUGGGUACCUCUCAUCUCAGAUGAUAAGUCUACUGACACUUUCUUUGCGAACGAGCGAGAGUGGAAGUGUUCAAACCAGCUGGCUUGCCUCAAUCUUGACACAAUGGUAUGGGAAGAGCUUCAAAUAGAUGCACUGGAAGAAAACUUACCAAAACCUAGGGCAGGACACUCUGCAGUUGCAAUGAAUUCUCGAAUCUACAUUUGGUCCGGGCGUGAUGGCUACAGGAAGGCUUGGAACAAUCAGGUGUGCUGCAAGGACUUGUGGUUUCUGGAAGUGGAAAAGCCGGCUCGAGUGGGGAGGAUGCAACUUAUUUCUUCAUCCAUUGACUACCUGGAUAUAUCCUGGCCCAAAAUAUCUUGUGUCUCUCAUUAUAUACUGCAGAUACAAAUGCAGGUACAAGUUCAGUUCAUUCCCCCUCCCGUGGAGGAACUGCCUAUAUUAUCUCCACCGAUCUCUCAGCAGUGUUCCUUCUCUACUGUUGCAACUUCACAUCACCCAUAUGCUCCACCACUGUGGCCGACAUUCCCUUUGAGAAAUUCUCUUUACCCUCCAAUUAAAUCAUUAACAACUCCUGCACCCUCUCGGUCACUGAUGUCCCCCAUUAGAGCAUACCACACACCACCCCACCACUCUCGUAUCCCGUUAGAAGCUCAGAUCACCUCUGCAAAACCGCCAGAGACUCCAGCGGUGGCAGUCUCUGCUCCAAACCCAAUUGUCAUCACAAUUCCCCCUCCAAGACCAGAGGAACAGAGGCAUUCACAACAGUCACAGAUUUCACCAUCUAUAUUACCUUACAGUUGUAAACCAUCUGUGAUAACCAGAGCUACUACCUCAAAGCCAGUUUACCAAACUGCAUCCAUCAAUAGAAAGACUGCUAGUCAUAUCCCAGCUGGUCAUUCUUUCUGGCCCAACAUUCUGUCAAGGCCCCCUGUCGCUCCCAAACCGUCUGUCCAACAACUGUUGCCAUAUGAAUUGCCUGCACUGACUCAAUAUCAACCAAACAUCACAGUGACCAGUACAUCACAGACAAUGAGUUCACCCACCAAUCGGCCCCUUCCAGAAUGGACAAUCACUGCUGUGAACAACACUGGAACAACAGGCAGAUCAGCAGUAUCUGCCCUCCCUGCACCAGUGAUAUAUCCUUGUCCUUCUCCUCUCAAGAUAGCUGUAUCCUCUAGCUCCAAAACAAGUAACCCAGCUACCCUCCCUACACCAGUGAUAUAUUCCUGUCCUAAUAUCAAGAUAGCUCUAUCCACCCCCUCCCCAACAGUCAAGUCAGCAGUAUUUAAUCCCCAUACACCAAUUCAGUCUGUGGAGUCUACACCCUCAUCACCAGUUAUCAAAUAUAACUCCAGACCUGUUACCAUCAUCAAUGCUAGUCAACUUUCAAAGCAACUCUCAGAAGGGAAGUCAUUACGAAUCAACAUAAAGAAAGUGCCACCACCGCAGCCCAAAUCUUGUGUCAUCAUCCAGAAGACUCCAGGACCUGUCAUCAUGGCAAAUGAGGGUAUUCCCAAGUUACCUAUAGCUAGCCGAACUGGACAACAAAAGUCAGUGUUCAAGGUUGUGAAUGUUUCUCAAGCUCCAGGACCAGUUUUAAAUUUAGCCGGAAGAUCUACUGUUGUGCUUACUAAACCAACAACCAACAUAGGGACUACUAUACGUCCUGGAAGCAGAGUGAUAACCAUCAAGCGCCCAGUCACUAUCAAAAUGCCUCCACAUUUUAUCAGAGCACAGCCCAAGACAGCAAACACAGUCGAUCUCAGGCCAGAGACAGGCAACCUCACGCUCUCUAAUGGUUUCUCAGAUAUUGGCUCAAAUUCACAACUAGUAAAACAGGGAAAUAAUGAAGAGGUUUUAUCUGUAACACCCACAACCAAAGAGAUGUCAGACGUCGGUCAGAAAAGACCUCAUGAUGAUGAGUCUGAUGAAACAAACCAAGAAAAAUUCAUGAAGUUGGGCUGAAUCCUUGGACAUAACAUGAUCUCAUGAAAAUACCAAAGCAGCAAUAGCUGAUAUGCUAAGUUAGCUUAUCUUGUUUACUCUUUACUUUUUACCUUCAAACUUCAAAAUGAGAUAUCAGAUGUAUAUUGUACAUUUAUUAUUUCUUUUUGAAGUUUAUUUGUCAAAAGUAUUUGUGUUUAGAUUUUAAUGUUCAUGUUUUAAUACUUUGUUUAUUUAUGAUGUUAUCACUAGUUGUUUUUAAGUUUAUGUAGCUUGUUACCAUUUUAUAAACACUGUAUUUAUAUGGAGGUCUACCAAAGAGUACUUAAAGUGCCUUUUAAGAAUUGCUUUUCUUGAUUCGUUAAGUAGUUUGUAACUGUGUAAAGGUUACAGUGUAUUCCAAUAGCUUUAUAAUUAGUUAAAGUACUAAGCAAGUACCUGUGCUUAAUAUAUUUUCUUUUUGGCUGUCUUAUUUAAAACUAAACAUCAUGCUAUGAAACACGUUUUAACUUUAUUUGAAAACGUAAACUUAACUGCAACAAAAUAAUUUUAAAAACCCAAUUCUUGUCUCUGUAUUGCAAUUCUUUCAAUUUAUUACAUAUUUUACUCUAGAUCUGUGCAGUUAUUUAAUUUGAAUUACAGCAUGAAUUUUUUAUUGUCACCACUAAAUAAAAUGGGGAUAGUUCAUUUCCUUAAAUGAACUACGAAAACCAUAAACAUUUUUUUUUUAAUUCCAAAUGCAAUGAUAACUUAGUGAUAAUACAGACAAAAAUAAAAUAUAAUGGAAGUGAUAAACAUGUGAUAAAGAUAUCUUUCUCUCAUAUAAUGUAGUUUAUGGUGUUUAAGUAUUCACUUUAGACUUCAAAAUCCAGAAUAAAUAGUUCUGGAUUGUUGUGUUUUCCUCUUCCUUUAAAAUCUCUUUCCUCCAACGUAGUUAAGUUGUUUUAUAUUUUGUUAACUGGAAUAGUACAAAAAAAGUAUAAAUAUUUUAAUUUUUGUUCAACAUGUAUAUUACACAUAUAAAAGAUAUAGUCACAAUGUUGUUUGGAUUUACUUACAUCUUACACACGGUGUUUUCUUUUGGAUAGCUGAGUCAUUAAUUUAACUAAACUUUUAUACUUGAAAUGUUAGAGUCUUGGUGCCAAAAGCAAAUUUUCUUUGUAUAAACACUCUACGCAGUUUUUUGUGUACUCAAUAAAAACCAAUCUCCUCAAGAAAGAAAUUGGUCGUCAGCAGUUAGAAUUUUGUUGAAGUUAAAAAGUGGAGGUUAUCAAAAUGGUUGAAAGUAUGAAGCAAUUUGUUCAGCCUGACACCCUUAAAAGUCAUAUUUCACACAUGUAAACAAAAGUUGUAGUCAGUAAAUCAACAUCAGCUAAGUACAAAAAAGAUUAACUAAUUUGUUUAAAAAGUUGAAUUUAAGUUUUGUUGGCUGAUGCUAAUAUAUUUAUUAUUUAAGUUACUGACGGUUGGUUAAAAGUGUGUAGUACUAAAAAAAUGUACAUAUGAAAAAAUUAAUUAUUUUAUAUUUUUAACUCUAUCUCCCAUUACGGCCCACAUCAAAACUAUUGCAGGAUGAUCAUUGAUUUCUUUGAUAGUGAAGUUCCAAGAAAAUCUAGGUCAGAAAAUCUAAGGAGUGCUUAUACAUUGCAAAUUGGGCAUUGGACUAUUAAACCUAUUUGUAAUAAUCUAAAUAGAGUAGACAUAUCUACAUAUUUCAUUGUAUUUAAUUUAGGAGAAUUUGAAGGCUGAUGUAAUUUUUAAUUAAUAAAAUAUAAUGUAAAAAAUUAUUUCCAAUGUAUUUAAGGAAACUAUAUAUGUCCUUACUCAGGAAGAAUAUAAAUAUUCAUAUUUUUAUUCUAUAAGGUCAAACUAACUGUGUUGGUGUAUAAUUGAACAAACAUUUUAUUUGACAGUUUAUAUCUACAUAUAUACUCGUAUGUAUUGUACUCUUUUACGCUCUUACAAAAACUGACAUAUUCUUUUACCACGAAAGUGUAACAGUAUUAAAUAGCAGUGAGUUUUUAUGUCAAUGAUAUUUUAAAUUGAAUUAUUUAAGUGUUUUUUUAAGUUGUGCUUGAUGCAUUGUUUUCUUCAUGUGAUGAUUUGAGUAUGUCUGUUACAUGAAGAUUAAUUGAUAUUAAAAUAAUAAUCUUAAUUUGUUCCUUUAUAAUCUUGUACUAUUUUGACACUUUCAAAACUUACUUUCUGGUGUUAAAUUUUUUUUUCAGUAAAUAAUCCAAACAAUUAAUGAUACAUACUUGGGCUAGAUGUUACCAAUGUUUAAAUUUUGUAACUUUUAUGGAGUAAAUGUAAUUAAGUACUUAUCCUAUAGUUCAAAUGUUAAAAUAUCAAAACACUACAAAAAUAUUGUUGUACUGAAGUUGUCCUUAC